AUGAGAAUUUUUUCGAUGCAGGUUUUUCAUAAAGGUCCUGAUGGUAAAGCAAAAGCCUUAAAGUCUGCCCACGACUUGAGCAGUUUUAGUUUCUUCCAACGAGGCUCCGUUCAAGAAUUUAUGAUUUUUACUGGAAAAUUGUUAGUUGAACGCUCUGCACUUGCUAGUCGAAGUUCUGUGAAAGAAAAUGAAUAUUUUUGCCAUACCUUCGUGCGGCAUGAUGGGCUAGCAGGUGUUUGUGUUACGGAUGCAGAAUACCAGCAACGUGUUGCAUUCACAAUGUUACGUCGUGUGCUAGAUGAUUUUGCGGCUAAGGUUCCUUCGAUUCAGUGGCCACAAAUUAAAACAGAAAAAGAUUGCACUUAUACUAGUUUACCAGAACUGUUGAUGAAAUGGCAGAAUCCUCGUGAGGCUGAUGCAAUGACUCGAGUUCAGGAAGAGGUUGAAGAAACUAAGGUUGUGUUACAUAAUACGAUUCAGUCAGUAUUAGAACGUGGGGAAAAGCUCGAUGAUUUAAUAGCUGCGAGUGAGGGCUUAUCAAAUCAAAGUAAAUUAUUUUAUACUCAAGCAAGAAAGAUGAAUAAAUGCUGUAACUGGAUGUGA